AUGCAACUUGCCGCAGUGAUUGGAAAUCAGGGUGAGAAGAGUAGCACAUUAAUAUCCAUUGUUUCCAAUCUACUAACAAACAGCAUAAAAGAAAGUAAACGCUGGAAUGAUGACACAAAAUCGUUUUUUGCAGUUGUCCUGGAUUAUGGUGGGCCGGCAUUGUUAAGAAUAAUAAGAGAAAAAAUUGGCGGGCCAAGCCUUCAGACCGCUUACGUAACGGCAAGAAGCAAAUUCCAUACUCCGACCAAAUUAGAAGCAAGUAUUUUUGUCAAAGCAGCUUCCUUCUAUGAUCGAAUUGGAUAUCACGGGCCCUUUAUCAUUGCUAUUGAUGCGACAGCCAUAUUACCUUCUGUCAGGAUGCAAGGAAACAAGUUGAUAGGUAUAGCCACUGAAGAGGAUGUUGUCGUAAAAACAGCACAAGACAUCAUUGACAUUACAGGCAAUGAAAGCAUGGAGAAAGCGCGAUUAGCCAAUGCAAUUGUCCUGACCCCCUUAAAGGAGCAUGUUCCUUGCUUUGUGCUUGCUGUGUCAGCUGCUGUUAAGGGACAGAACUUUGAAACAGUUGUUAACUGGUUCAACAGUGCAGUAAACUGGGGGGCACAACAAAAUUUGAAAAUAUUAGGCAUUGGCGCUGAUGGAGAUUCUAAGUUUAGAAAAUAUUAUUUCGAACGGUUCUUAAAAAGGCGCGAACAUUUGAACAAAGUGAUUUCGAUUCCCCACAAAGGCUUCAAUUUUGUCAGUGUUGUCGAAGAUAUCCACGGUAUAACAGUCCCUACUCUUAUGUUUCCUGACUGGAAGCACCUAAUUAAGAAAUGGAGGAAUCAAAUACUGAACAUUAGACGGGUCCUGGUGCUCGGAAACGGAUUCGUCAUGAUCGAGGACUUAAUGCGACUGUAUGAAAGAAACAAACUGACCAGUGGUUUAUGGAAAAGUGACGUUUUUGUUAGGGACAGACAGAACGUGGAUGCCGCACUGCGGAUUUUACAGCCACAGGUCCGACAGUGCUUACAAGACUGGAAUGACCAACGUACGGAAGCAACUCGUACUUACCUUAAGAUAGGGCAUAACAUGAUGAGAAGUUUCACAGAAGAAAACUUACCCGUCAAAGAAAGAGCAAAGCUAGCGUGGUCGGCGGUCUGCUUUGUUCGUUUAUGGAAAGCAUGGAUAGAGAUGUCAAGCUAUUCGAUAGAAACCUCCUUUAUAUCGUUGCAAACGUACAAUGAUAUGAUACUCGCAGGACAUACACUUGUCCUCUCGAUGAAACUUUUCUCCAAGCAUUUUCCUGAUGAACCGUUCCAUCCCAAAGUUUUUGGUUCGGAUAGCUGCGAAAGACUGUUUGCGAGGUUUUUAUAG